AUGGAUGAGUUGUUUGAGUUCUAUAAGAAGCAGGUGAAUCCCACUCAUCCUCCACGAGUCACCUCAUCUGCAUCUCAUUCACAUGUCACUUCUAGUGCAAGCCAUCGUCAACGACACCCUCGCUCUAAACGAUCUCGAGGUUCUUGUGCUAGUUUAACACGACAGAGUGUUGAACAACAAGAAGAGGAUGAUAUCUCAAAGUUGACAAUUUAUUUGUCAGAGAAGCAACACGUAGAGGAUAUUGGGCCAGAAAAUGAAGGGGAUGACGAUGAUGGGAUGGACACUUUUGAUAUUUUGCAGUGGUGGCAGAAUAACAGUGUGCGCUAUCCUAUUCUAUCAGUUAUGGCUAGAGAUAUUUUAGCUAUUCCUAUAUCCACUGUGGCUUCUAAGUCGGCAUUUAGCAUGGGAGGUCGUGUUCUAGACCAAUUUAGAAGCUCCUUGAGUCCAAAGAUGGUUGAGGCUUUGAUUUGCUCUUCAGAUUGGUUGAGAUCAAGCUCAUUGUUCAUGAAUGAUGAAGAAGAUGUUUCUGAAACUGAACAAGAGAAUGAAUUUGGAAUGGUGAUGAGUUCACUUGGUUCUAGAGAGGUGAAUGCCGCAGCAAGUGCACCCGUGCAAAGUUGUACCGGCCCCUCUAGCUCGAGAGCUUGAUUUAUGUUGAUCAUGUUUUUGAACUUAUGAAUUACUAGAUGUUUGCUCGUGUUGAACUUAUAUUUUUAUUCAUAUUGUUGAACUUGUGUUUUUAUUCAUGUUGGUGAACUGGGUAUGUUGACAGGUUGAAUUUAGUUGGCUAGUUAA